UUCCAAAGACACAUUCACACGUUAUAUAUAAGCCUAAAUCAAGUACAUAAUUUGCAUAGUGAAGUGAAAGAAACAAAAAUGGAGUGUAGCAAAAUUCAGUUAGUGGCAAUAUUGUCACUCAUUUUUUUGGUUCAAAACAUUCAAGGAUGGGGAGAAGAAGGACAUGCAAUUACUUGUAAGAUUGCUCAGGCUCGUCUGACCGAUGCCGCGGCAGAUGCUGUGAAAGAAUUGCUGCCUGCGUAUGCGAAUGAUGAUUUGUCAAGUGUUUGUACAUGGGCUGAUCGCGUCAAGUUUGCUCUUCGUUGGACGUCUGCUUUGCACUAUGCUGAUACUCCUCCUAAGCUUUGCAAUUUCAAUUACGCCAGGGAUUGCAAGGAUUUGAAUGGUGUGAAAGAUGUAUGUGUUGUUGGAGCAAUUAACAAUUACACCACUCAGCUUCUUGACUAUGGCAAAAAAGACACUGAAUACAAUCUUACACAAGCACUUCUUUUCCUUUCUCAUUUUAUGGGAGAUGUUCAUCAGCCUCUACAUACUGGUUUUACUACAGACAAGGGAGGAAAUACAAUUGAUGUUCAUUGGUACACAAGGAAACAAAAUCUUCACCAUGUUUGGGAUGCUAACAUUAUUGAAACAGCACAAGAAAGAUUCUAUGACAAUAACAUAGAUGAAUACUUCAAGGACAUUCAAACAAAUAUCACGAAAACAUGGAAGAAUGAUGUAGCAGAUUGGGAAGCAUGCGGUUCUGAUCUGGCCACAUGCCCAGAUGUUUAUGCAUCUGAAGGUGUUAAGGAUGCUUGUGAAUACGCAUAUAAAGAUGCCCCUGAAGAUGCUACACUAGAAGAUGAUUACUUCCUAUCGCGUUUGCCGAUAGUCAGUUUGCGAUUAGCUCAAGGAGGAGUUCGAUUGGCAGCAACCCUCAAUAAUAUUUUUGUGUGAUGUAAUCUUUUGAAUCUUGAAAUAGUAUUUGUGGUUGGUUUGAAUUGUGGUAUUUUCUAAGAGAAUAAAGUUUCUGUAUGUUGUAACUUACCAACUUAAUGUCAUUUAUAACAUUGUUUGAUUCAAAGUUAUUUACACAUUUUAUUUUAUUUCAA